UUAAUGCAAAACAAUGCAAACAAUGCAAAAUAACCUGAAUGCUAAUGGCUACUGCAGCUUGUUAUUGUUAAAUAUGCUGACAGCAAUUAUUUCCUUUAAUAUAUUCUGUUUGGAUGCUAACAUCAAAUUAUUGUUUCUUUGUGCAUUAAUAUCAAAGAAAGUUUCGGCAGCAAAUCUAUUUAUGUAUAUUUUCAGGGGCAGCUUGUUGCCCCCUGCAGAUAUACCACCUUGUCAUGUGGGCUUGUCAGAUUUUACCAGCUUAGGCAUGGUCUGGCUGUGUUUCCUUCCAAGCUGAAAGGUCUCUCAAGAGUCUGUGUAUUUUAAAGUAGUGUUGAUUCAGUGUAAACCACUUUGCCUGUGGAAGCCUCGCAGAACAUGGUAGUACUUGUAGACCAGUGUGGCAUGAAAGAUACAGUAUAGAGGUUUAAGCACUCAGUUGUAUCUGAUGUUUUCACUAUGCAAUCAUGGCCAUGCUCAGGGUUAGUUUAUUUGCCUGCAAAUUUACAUGCUGGGCUGAGUGUGUUGCUACUAAUGUUUUGGUGAAGACACCAGUGUUUUACUGCACCUAAUGCAUGAUUUCCUACUCCCAGGAGAUGGGUACGUGUAUUGCAGCACCUCUGAGGUAAGUUCACUUAAUAAGCCUGUGCCCUUGCCUAAAGUACUGUGUGAGCUGGCACUAGAGCAGUUGCAAUGACGUGACAGUGUUGGUGAAGAGCUGUCAGACAUAUCCUGCACCUAUCUGAGACAGUGUGGCUACCCUCAGCCCCGGCAAUGUACAAUAAUGUGGUUUUGAGCUGCUCAGGGUAAGGCAGCAAAAAAUGCUUUGCUGCUCAUUGGGCAAAAUACACCUGGGCAAAAACCCCUCUGUAUCUGUAUGAAUAUGGAAACUAUUUACAAAAUAAAGCUGAGGUAUCUUUUAAGCCACCUCAGUUGGACUGAAAAUAUCUUACACCUUAGGUAUGAGAUAGACAAAGGCAAUUGUUGCAGCUGCACAAAUUUCAGCUUUACUUACAAAAAACUGACAUGGUUUUUGCUGACUGACUGUAAAUGGUUACAGAGCUUAUCAGUAUUGUCCUUCUGCAGGAGAAAAGUGUGUGUGUUUGCUGUAGUGCUUGCAGCUAUGGUAGGACUGGCAAAAUAAACCCAAUACGUAUAAAUGUUGGGGCUCUGAGAUUAUUCCUGUUGUGGAUUCCCAGAUUUGCCACAACCAUCCGACUUUUCCAAAGUUCUCACUUAAGAUCGUGCUUUCCCACUGCAGAAGAGGCGUGAGCCCUAGUGUGGAGAUGCAUCAGUUGUAUUUCUCAGGAAUAAAAUGAGAAGUAAAAUUAAUGCUACUGAUCUACCAUCUAGUGGUGAUCUGUGAUCACAACCCAAGAGAAAUUCAGCUUGACCCUCCUCUUAGCUCCUGACAGACCAGUAUAGUUUUUAAACGAAAAUGUACAUUGGGUGGAUAAAAGUUACCACAGUUUUAAUUUUAACACCGCAUCCUGUUAUUAUCCAGCAUGGAAUUUAAACUUUCUCUUUAUAUUAUAGCAUAUUUCAGGUUGGUUGUGAGUGCCUUUUAGUGCUUGCUUCAGUUGUGUACACACAGUGUGUGCACUGCUGGCAGCUCUGGGUCUGUGCAGUGCGCAGGCAGCAGGUGUGGGAUGGAGCCCUGCAGGAGAUGAAGGAAGUGGUGGCCAGGGGAUGGACCCUUGGCUGCUGGGGCAGCAGUGAGGUCCUGUAGCCCCCUCACUGCUGUGAGUGCUGCCUUGAGCCCUCUGGGAAUGGCAAGACAACUGGGCCCAUCCACAUGGUGCAGCUGCAUCCAGACCUCUCUGCUGAUCCAAAAAUCAACAUUUUUGAAGGUGGUAGCUGUGGAUUGGAAGCAGGAGCUGUGCAGGGCAGGGUUUACUACUGUCUUACUAUGCAAGGAAUGUAAACUCUGUCUCUGCUUUUUUCCACGCCUGCUCCUCAUCCCAUACACAACCCUAAAGCUGUGGCACUCAGGGUGACUACAAACCAGGGAGAGUGGUGUGGUUUCUCCCUGACAUUUCUUUGAAGGGUUUCAUUGCUCAUUUCCUCCUCCUUUACAGCAUGCUUCCCUCAGCAUGGAGCUAGCUUGGUACCGAAGAUAUUGUCUCUUUAUGCCAGGUUAUUUUUUAAUUGGAGUUUAUUCAGCCGGCAGGCACUUUUAUGAAUGCUGCAUACUCACACAAUGAGGUCAUUGGGGUUUGAACUUUUGACUACAAUUCACUUUUAACUCUACCUUACACCUCCAUGUUACAGAACUGUACCCACCCAGAAAAUUGUUCCUGUGACAGUCAGGUUCAUUCUCAAUAAUUGUUUGCGAUGUAAUCAUGAGCAAUGUAAAUCCUGAAUUUUUAGGACUUUGAACCUUAAAUACAUUGUGUUGAUGGACAAAGCUGCACAGUUUCCAUAUUUCAUGCAUUUUUGUUCUAUGUGGAUUUCAUAUAAAAGCCAGUAUGUAUUCCAGUACAACCACUACAAUCUCUGUGGCUUGAAGACAUAUUUCAGUACAAAGCUUACGAGGCACUAAGUGGUCAGGCUUAAAUGUGUUCUCCUUCAAGGGCUGGCUGCUGUAGUUGGAAGAAAAGCUAGUUUAUUCCCUUACCCACUCAUCUAGUAGAUUAGUCAGCAAAUUAGGUCUGUGGAACUUGUUAAUCUCUUAUUUUCCCAAACGUGGAAACUAAAUGUUUCUACUCUGCAUUUACCCAACACUGUAAAGCUGAUUUUGCAGUAUUCACACAAGGGCAUCUAUCCAUUUACCUGAAUUGAUGUUUUGGAGGAUUUUUUUCCUGACUGAUUCAGGCUUGAGAUCCUGUCACUUCUGUCACUUUGUUGGUUUCACCAAAAUGCACGGUUUAGACUGAAGCAGGGGAGGUGUUUGGCCUCCUCAGUUGUCGGUCCUGCCGUAGGCUGCUUCCCAGGAAGAGCUAAUUGAGUGCAGCCCGAAUCCCUGCUGCAGCACUUCUGAAGCUGCAGAGGGGUGAGUCACCCAAACUGAUCUGUGACAGCCCUUGCUUUCCCAGUCUGCUUUGUGCUCCUGUCGCUUACAUUCAGUAUGUUGCUUUUAAAUAGCAUCAAGAGAUGAUUAAGUACAAGUUUUUAUUUGGACUGUUUUGCGUAGUGUUUACUGUCUUGAAAAAGAGCCCCAUGUCGCUGUAAAUAACAGAAACUUAAACUCUUUGCUUUGGACUGGCCUGUGUCAGUCACUAAGGCUACGUAAACAAGCACUCUUCUGAAUUCGUUACAAAAAAAGACAAAUCAAGUUAUUUGACAUUUCCCCUAGUCUUUCACAAGCUCUUAAAGCACCUGCUAUUUAAGUUGCCAUGCUGGCAUCUGGCUUCACAGUACACCAGACUUUUUAUUACUUUAUGACUGUAAGUGAAAGAUAAAUUACAGUGAAGAGGUAACUCUGCUAUAAUGAGGGCUGAGUCACAUUUUGUGUGCAAACUGUGUUUUAGGUGCUCUAAGACCUGUCUGUUGUCUUAUUUAUGUUCAUGCCAUGCAAAAGACAGUGUUCCAAAUUCAUCCACAUCAUGCAGUCCCCCACCACCAAGCUGCUGGCAGAGCUGAGCUGGUCUGUCCCGUACAGGUCACUGGGCUCUGAAUAUUAAGCACGGGUGGCUUAACUUGGGGACAGCUUAUGGAGGAGAAGAGGAAAAAGAAGAGCUGCACGGGUGAGAAUAUGCAGAGGAUUCAGCCUUGUCCUCAGUGUUCAUCCUCCCCGUUUCUUGUUUCAGAGUGUCCUCACAGGGAAGGACCAAGGGCUGGUGCUUGGAUGUGGCCGUGUUCAAUACCCACAAGGAGCACGGAGCAUCCAGGAGCUGAGGAUGGGCCUCCUUGGCACCUACCACAAACUCCUGAGUGCUGUGGGGCUGGGCAUGAGCACCCCUGCUGGGAGCUAGCUGGUUUGAACUCUCUGGACUCUUUUGGGGUUUAUUCACCUGUGGUUCAUCCACAGGCAAUUAAGAGUGUAGCUUAAUCUGUAUAACUGAAAAUGUGCUAAAAUGUGAAGGAUAAUUAGGCAAAGUAAAUAAGGAGGGAACUUCUUAAACUAGAUUUACUUUUGUGGGGCUUGUAACUAGAAGCAAGGGCUCACCACUCUGGUGGCACUCUGGUCCUGCUGGCUACAGGGCCUGAGGACAGAGCAGCAGAGCACUGGAACAGGCUCUCAGAGCAUCUCUGAUGGCAAACUGAGGUUUCAAUUAGACUGAACAACAUUAGAUUUUCACUAAACUGCCUGAGCCGUCCUGCACAAGUCAGGAUACCUCACACAAUGUCUUCACAGUUGCUCAAAGAGUGAAUUCCAGGAGCACUUGCCCAGAGCUAAACCAGAAACCACUGUGCAUUGCUACAAACUCAAGCUGCAGAACUGAUCACUGAAAUUAUGCAGAAGGGAGUCCUCAAAAGACACAAAUAUUCUCCUGUUGCAGCACAAACUCUUCCUACUUGCUGCAGCAGAGGCGUCAGCCAUUCAGUACAGCCUGUAAUCUUUUAUUGCUGUAUCCUCUACUAGGAGGAAGAAAAACAAGGCGGUGGUGACAGUAAACCAAAUUCUGGGUCAGGCUAAAUUUUAGACUGAGUAAUUCUGCAGUUCUGAUUAACAUUUGCCAUUCCUGAAAACCAGGGUUAUUGUCAUCCCUGUGAAAGGGUUUGUGGAUGCUGAAAGGGGGAGCUUGAAGGGACUCCACUGCAGUUCACAAGCUGUGCCCUAUCCUUACGGCAUUCAUGCUCCUCUGCCUUUCUGGAGUGUCAGAUGUCUGCUCUGUCUCUCCUCUGGCACCUCAGAGGCACUUCUCACCCUGGGAUCAGGAGUAAUAGUACCCUAGAGAGUGCAACAGCACUUCUGGCCGUGUCAUUUGCUUUUUAUAUCGAGCAUGGUGUUGAGUUGUCAGUGCUGAAAAUCUGUCUCGAUGCUAGCAGGUUGUGAUGUCCAAAUUGAGCAGAGGCAGCUGCAGAGUUUCCUUUCAGCUGCCUGCGUUUCCCCUUUCUGGCAUCUGGAGGCUGCUGUGCUGCUCGUGGUAGUGGAUGCUGAGCAGGAUGCUGGGUGGGAUGUUGGGCGGGAUGCUGCAGCAGGCCAGCCCAGCGCUGGGGUAGACUGAGCACAGCGACCUUGGCUCUUCCUAUUCCCAAGCUCAACCGCUGCAGCCUCACUCUUACUCCAUGUACUAGGAAGUAAUGAUUUGCAGAUGUAGAGUUGUGCAAGCUAGCUCCACCUCGCGCAGGCUCGAGUGUGUGACUGCUGCUGGGACCUGCUGGUGGCUGGGCUUGGGCUUUGGCAGGGAUGAUGAGGCUUUCCUCAGAAAGGGUGGAGAGAAGGAAGAGCCAGAGGGCCUCUGCCAGGAGAGACACUGAAGAGACACAAAGGCCUAUGGCUUUUUAUGUUUUUGCUUUGCUAGCAUAAAGUUCCACUUCCAACCUGUGGUUGUCAUCUGGCUUUUGAGGUUCUCCAGUGGAUAUUACAAAGCCUGGAAAAAGUUUCUUGUUUUGAUAAAUAAAAGGAAAAUGGAUUUUUUUCCUAGACCUGUUACUUGAUCUAGGGUGUUCUGAGUUGAUUUAGAAAUUACUUUGGGAUUUAUUUAGGGAUGAUUAAUGCCUAUACAUCUUCUAAAAAGAGGUAGAGGGUUUGAGUACUCCUUUAUGUAGCAUGUAGCAUAUGUAGCAAGCUACAUAUAAAAGUAGUACAAAUAAAGUACUCCUUUAUGUAGCAUAUGUAGCAAGCAUGCUACAUGCUUGCUGUUCCAGUUCAGAUACUGAAGUAAAAAAGGGACAGGGUUGGAGCAUCACCCAGCCAUUCCCAAGUAUCAGUCACCAGAAAACUAGUGGAAACAGUUUUCUGAUUUGAGCACACUUGCAAUUUUAUAUGAGUGAUGAGAUUAUUCCUGCAAAGCAAAUACAUUUUCCGCAGACUCCCCUAUGCCAGUCAGAAAUGUUAGCUGAUUUGGUUUUGGAAAUAGUUUGGAAGAGAGGACGAAGGAAAUCCUUGAGGCUGAAGAGCAGAUUUGAGAAUCAUGAGAUCCGCCUGUCAUUUCCAGUUCAACCCUGUACUUCCUCUGUGAUUUACAUGACUUAACUGUUUUGUGUCUGCUCCUUAUCUGCGAAACAUGGAUAUGACUAAGGUGAACUUGCUAAUCUUGGUAAGGCUUGUUGCUGAGAGGGAAAACAUUAUGCUUGUUGAUUACGAUAAGCACGUUUCAAGGAUCAGGUUAAAUGAAGCAAACCUGAAUCAAAAAUGGCUUAGAAAUACAUGGCCAAAUUUUGUUUGUGGUUGUAUCUAUAAAGCCUGACCUUUUAAUGCAGUUUUAUAGGUCUGUUUGUUAGUUAAAACACUACAAUUGCUUUGGUGUCAACCAAUCCCAAGAGUAGAAUUAUAUUCUUUUUUCCAAUUUGUAAAACUUUAAAAAUGAGUGUUUUACCACAGUAGUUAUUGUUGCUAAUGGGGAUUGAUUUUACUGUAUUACCAGGCACAGUAAUGCAAUUUUCUUUUAUUACAAAACAGUUUUUCCUAUAUUCAUUGUAGGAGCUCAUAUAGCAUAGUGCAGUGGUAUUUCUUUAGGGGUCCACCUUUGACGCAGUGGUCUGCAAAUUUUUAAACUGUGGGUCUGCCAGAUUUUGGGUGGGGGGAAAGAAAAGCAGAUUAUCUUGCUAUAACGUUUAUAACUUCAAAGCACCUAAAACUUAUAUUUUGAAUAUGGUUGUACUAUUUUGAUUUCUUCUGCUUUGCUUAUUUGUAUAGCUUUAAAUGCAUAUGUUCUCAAAGGUUUUAUUUUGCAGUUGUUCACAGAUUGUAUUCUCCUGUCUUGCAGACCACUGGUCAAACGGCACUGCGCAUGCGUGGGAUAGAUAAUCAAUGCAUUCAUUUGGGAUCUUCUCAAAGGCUAAUUAAAAAGAAAUGGUGCUAGUAGCAGAGGAGGCAGAGGGAUGUAGAGAAAAAGAAUAUAGUGCGAUUUGCACCUAAUUAGAAAGGAAUAGAUUAAAAUUACUUUCCUGUAAGUGAACCGGACUAGUUUAAUAAUUUUGAUAGAGGAUGCAAACACAGACUGAAUUGGUGCUACAGUAAAAGCAAUUAUUUCCACAGUUACUAUUGCUGUGAUGGUAUCACUGUUGCAAACUGUCAGCCCGAUGGAUCAACAGGGAAUCUCUAGGCCCUCAUAAGACUUCGGGAUCUUUUUAUAAAAUCUGGAAAGCAAGCAAGCAAUACAUAUAUUUUCUCUGGGAGGCUGUAUUGUAUCUGGAGUCUCAUAAUCUCUGUGUCUAUCACAACAGCUUGCAAAUAAAAAUAUUGAUUGUGUCCAUGAAACAUAAAACAAACUUUUGACUUCAGUUAGUAGUGAUGAUAAAUGAACUUCAACUAAUGCCCCCCUACUUCUGUUUAGCAACAAGAAAACGUGCAAAGGUUACCUUUUAUCAUGUACCUGGGUGGGGACAUGUCAUUUGGACUUUUAAUCUGUUAAGUGAAGGUGAUAAAAUAAUUUAUGAUCACUAGGUCAUGAUCACUUGCUCUUUUAUAUUUUUACUACCUUACAUGAAUUGAAAAAUCAAUUCUAAUAUUACUACUGAGUUCCUAGCAUUUGGCAGUUAAUGUCAACUAUUAAAUAGUCACCAGUUGUAAUAUUGGCAUAAAAAUGUCAUUGCUAGCAUAAGAAGUUUGUACAUUUUUUAUAUAGACUCCUAAACAUACACAGAAAUGCGUACGCAUGUGAUCAAAAUACAGAGCUACCUAUACAACAUAGGGCAAACACCAGGAUUUUUCCCUGUAAGUAUUUCAGUUUCUGCUUUUAAGCCUUGUAAUUUACAGAAGAACAAUUGAUUAUCCAUCACAAGUUUUCACUGAAAGUAUGUAGUAAUUGUGUUUUGAAACUUCUCAGCCUACUCAGGUUUUUUUUGUCAUUUAUUCUCAGGCAGAAUGAUUUUUUCCAUUUAUCACACCUUUUUAUAAAUUAUAUUUGGAAGUGAAUAUGCAUUUCUUGUGAAGACAUUAGCAGGAAGUUGGACUCAAUGAUCCUUAUGAGUCCCUCCCAACUUGAGAUAUUCUAUGAUUCAAUUAUUAGAUUUUUUAUUAUCUUCUUUCUCUGGAUUAGAAAAAGGCAGCUGUAGUUAGCAAGGCUGCAUUUCAGCCAGGCAGCUCAAAAAUACAGAGAUACCAAAAGAAGAAGCAAUGCAAAAUACCGUGGAGCUAAGAAAAAAAAAAGGGCAGAAGAGGGCCAGUUGGUCUAGUGAAAAACAGCUAUAAAAUACCCUCGAGCAGCAUUUCCCCGGGGGUUUAUGUGCAGCAGGAGGAGCAGCAAGAGCCUGUCGGGUGGGCCUGUGGCACAGCGCCGCGGGAAGGGAGGACGAUGCUCUUUCCCCUGGAGAGCAGCAAACCUGAGGGUCCUUAUCUAAGAGGCACCUACCUGUGACUUCCCAGCAGAUUGCCACGUAGGGCUGUGAAAUCCAAACAUCAAUAGGUACUCUGCAGCUCACAGGUGUUUGACUUUAAAUGAAAAUCAGCUUUUUGAAGUAGGGCUUUGAAUAAGCUUGAAGAGCGUCUAACAGGCAUGGCCUAGAGAAAAAGACACCCUGCAACCUUUCCUGUGUGGCAAGAGAAAAAACUUGCUAGAGAUUUAAGUGUCCCCUGCCAUACUUGUCUAUAAGUACAUGUUAGGAAGCAUUGAUUGUAUCCGUGCAUUUAUAACAUAAAAAUAACAUUUACAAAAUCCAGAUAGGUAAUGGUAGGGGUAGAAAUGCAGAUUAGUGGGCAAGGAGCAUCAAUAAUCUACACAGGCAUUAGCAUACGUAUAGAGCUGUGAUUUUAUUUUCAUUAGGGAGUUUAUUGGCAUAACUACAUUAAUAAAAACUUACCCAGGGAUUGUUUUUUCUUCGCCAGCAUGAUGGCAAUAGUAUGUGAGCCCUUGCAAGCUCACAACAGCAGCAAGCUGACCAGCUGCAGGUUGUGUUGGGUCAGACUUACAGUUUAGACUUCUUCUGCAGUGGAGCAUGUGGUCAGGUAUAGGAUGAAGUGUUAUUCAUGGUUGGUAUAAAUGUGCCAGCAAAAGUCCUGCCAUGCAAUUUCAGGUACUGGCAAAUUUUGCCAUUUCACUGAUAAAAGUUGCAUCCAUAUAAGUGACUCUUUAUCAGUACUGUACAGAUCAGAUCUCAUGCUCCAUGGGUAGUGCUCCCUCUGAAGACAAUUUUGGGUGUUGAAUUUAUCAAAUACACACCAUAGCCUGAGUUAUAGUUGCAGAACCUGGCUCUCACCUGGCUGUAAAGACUAAGCUAAGAUUUCACUGGUUAAACACCCGGUGCUGAUGUUGCUUACAUUGGUAUUAAUCAGUAACAGCGAAUGCUGACAGCAGUCAUGCGCCACUAGAUUGUACCAAUGCCAAGUCAAGAUCAGUGACAUCAUGAUUAAGUCCUUGAAGCUGUUGUGCCUGGAUUGGGAAAUCAGCGUGGGCCCAGGAAAAGGAGAGAUUUGGUCUGUCUGGGCUCAGACUCCAUGGUGGAGUUGGCUACUAGGGAGUAGGCUGGGAAAGCUCCCGCUGUAGCCAGGUCAGUGUGGUCAGGGGGCCCUGGGAAGCACACCCCAAACAGCACAUCUGGAAGUGGCACCUAGAGCUGAGCCAAGUUAUCUAAAAAUAACUGUCAAGUGCAGUGAGGGGCAGGUAUCCAAGACAGCUGUGCGUGGCUGGAAAGCACCUUGCAGGGAAGCUGCACCUUGCUGGAGUAGGAGAUGGUGACCAAGCAGGGUUCCCCACAGCAUUGGGGAACGUGGCUAUAGUGCCAUCUUACAUCUAUCUGCAAUUGGUUUGUCACCUGAUUCCUGCCCACAGUGCUGCCUGGCUGGCCUGCUCUGUAGGCUUGGCUGAUGCUCCCGUUUGGGGGCUCAAUUCAGUUACCUGAACAUAAGCACCAAGCGCUGCUGGAGGUGCCCUGGCUGGUUCCCCCUCGUCUCUAGGGGCUGCCCCUGGAUGGCCCACACCUCCCGUAGGUCUUGUGUCAAGGUCACAGAAUGCAUGGUACAUGGAGCAAUUCUAGAUCCUUUAGGACAUUUGAAAUGGCCCCAAGUGCCAGUGUUGAGGCAACAAAAUCUCAACCCAGAUUUCUACAGGCUGCGGUGACAGCUUUAACAUCUGGCUAACACACAAACAUAACAUUGCAGACAUCAAAACUGAGAUGUGGGAAUCUGGACCCAAAUCCCACCCUAAGAGCGACAUAUUACAUGGGAACAAUAGCAAAUAAAAGUGUAGCCUGGAUCAAAGUAAAUAUUCAUUUUAAACAGUUGUAUUUGCACAUAGCUAUUGUCAGGAAAAAAGGAAAAUGAUUGAAAUAUAACGAUUUAACUAAUAUGCUGUCAUAGGAAUUUAGCUGUCCAGAUAAAACAAAUUCAUUUGCAUCAGUAUAAAUAAAUAGAUGUGUUUGUGUUUGCAGUCUCAGAAGAAACCUAACUGAGAAUGCAACCUAAAGAUAAGAUGAAUAAUCUUGAUUGCACAGGAUUGGUGAUCCUGUGCUGUUGCUAUAUUAGCAGGUGUGAAUUCCAGAAAAUGCAAUGGGGAUUCAGCUUAGACUUUUAUUUCUCAGAAAUAUUGAUGUUCCCUGAAAUUUUUGACCAACACUUACAAUACGUGACUCAGUGCAUGACAUUUUGAUUUUCAUCCUAUAUGCAGUGCCAUGUAUAUCUCUGCUCAUGUCUACAGAUGUUACCAAUAAUAAUUGUAUAAACCUGAUUUUAUGUAUAAAGGAUUAAAUCAAGAGAAGGCCAUUUGAGGUCAGUGGUGCUGCACCAGUAUAAAGCUGGUGACAGGUGGAACAAAAUUUUUUCCUCAGAAUGUUUUCGUUGGUGUCAAGAAUCACACUUAUGCUUAAGGGACUGCAAUACUGGAGCCUAUGAGUUGUAUGCUGGAUAUUUUAUUUCUAGUAGUAAGUGGUCACCUGAUCAGGUCCCGCUUGGAUAGGUCACUUAGAGGAAUGUGAGGUUAUCAGUCUGUUUUCCUCUGAUUUUUGCUAUGAGAGGAUUACAUUUUCUGUUUUAUUAGUAUUCCUCAAUGCAGUUUAUAGGUCUAAGCCUAAAAAUACAUGUCCUUCAGCAUUGUUUAUUGCACAGCAGAGAUUAAUCUCAUUGUCAUUGGGGUCAGUCACUACUUGUAGGUGGAGUGCUGCAGGAGAGCAGUCCUCUCUUUGCAAAUGUUAUUGCUCAAGAUAAGGGUGGAAAAAGCAGAUUAGGAGACAACACGUGACGUGUCCUUCCCUCAGUCUAAAAGUACAGGAUCAUGGGAUAAACUUUGCCUGACUGGUUAUGCAGAGAGCGUGCUCACGUUAGUAGCUCUUACGGACAAGAUUUUGCAAAACAAAAACAUAAAAUGACCCUUGUGAGCUCCUUUCUCAGUCACUGCAUAUGUGGAGACCCUUUACCUGUGUCUGAUUCUGAGGUUGUUUCUGAUGACCACUGGAAGAAGUCCUCAUGCCAGGAUGAAGAAAAGACAGACACACAAAGGGUCGCACCCAGGAGAUGGGGCUCUGGAAAAAGAUCUCGGCCCAGACCUCUCUCAGACUAUGGCCAAAUGUCGAUCAGAAGUCUCUCUAUACCAGAAGAUACAGUUGCAUUGGAGUCUCAGAAGACAGACUGCACAGAUGGAGAAAAUCAUCCAGGACUGGCUUCCGUCAGGUCUGCGAUCCAAAGCAAUACAGUAGGCUACCACAGAGGGCGAAAAAGAAGACCCAUCUCUGUAAUAGGUGGGGUCAAUUUCUAUGGCAGCGGUCCAGCAGAAGAGAUAGAAGGUCUGCUGACACAACCUGCAACACGGCCACCUGUUCCAGCACACCAGGUCCCCCCUUACAAAGCUGUUUCCGCCAGGUUCCGGCCCCUCACCUUUUCACAAAGUACCCCCAUUGGCCUGGACCGGGUGGGACGAAGGCGGCAGAUGAGAACAUCCAAUGUUGCUACAGAUGGCGGGACUGAAUCUUCAGCCUUAGUGGAUGACAAUGGCAGUGAGGAAGACUACAGUUACGAGGAGCUCUGCCAAGCCACCCCCAGGUACCUGCAGCCCGGAGGGGAACAGCUAGCCAUUAAUGAGCUGAUCAGCGAUGGCAGCAUUGUCUAUGCAGAAGCUCUCUGGGACCAUGUGACUAUGGAUGAUCAAGAGCUGGGCUUCAAAGCUGGAGAUGUCAUUAGAGUCCUAGAAGCUUCCAACAAAGACUGGUGGUGGGGGAGAAAUGAGGACAAGGAAGCCUGGUUUCCAGCGAGCUUUGUCAGGCUGCGAGUUAAUCAGGAAGAAGUGCCAGAAAACGGUAGUAGUAUCCAGGAUGAAGAACAAGAUGCAGAUAUGAGCAAGCAUCGUCAGAAAAUAGCUGAAAACAAGGAUCAGAUGAGAACCAACGUUAUACAGGAAAUUAUGAACACAGAAAGAGUCUAUAUCAAGCAUCUCAAGGACAUCUGUGAGGGUUAUAUUCGGCAGUGUCGUAAACAUACAGGAAUGUUCACCGCAGCUCAGUUAAGCACCAUUUUUGGAAAUAUUGAAGAUAUUUACAAGUUCCAAAGGAAGUUUCUGAAAGAUCUUGAGAAACAGUACAACAAAGAGGAGCCUCAUCUGAGUGAAAUAGGGUCAUGUUUUCUUCAACACCAAGAAGGCUUUGCUAUUUAUUCAGAGUAUUGUAACAAUCAUCCCAGUGCCUGCAUUGAACUUUCCAAACUAAUGAAACAGGGCAAAUACCGUCACUUCUUUGAGGCCUGUCGCUUACUUCAGCAGAUGAUUGACAUUGCCAUUGAUGGUUUUCUUCUCACACCUGUUCAGAAAAUCUGCAAAUACCCUCUGCAGCUCGCAGAAUUGCUCAAAUACACCACUCAGGAGCACAGUGAUUAUAAUAACAUAAAAGCUGCAUAUGAGGCUAUGAAGAACGUAGCGUGUCUGAUCAAUGAGCGAAAACGAAGACUAGAAAGCAUAGACAAGAUUGCACGUUGGCAAGUCUCUAUCGUAGACUGGGAGGGACCAGAUGUGUUAGCCAGAAGCUCUGAACUGAUCCACUCAGGAGAACUGACCAAAAUAUCAAAGCAAGGCAAAAGCCAGCAGAGGACUUUCUUCCUUUUUGACCACCAGCUCGUGUUCUGCAAGAAGGACCUACUGAGGAGGGACAUCUUGUAUUAUAAGGAUCGUAUUGACAUGGAUGAGAUGGAAAUUGUGGACACUGAAGAUGGCAGAGACAAAGACUUUAACAUUAAUGUUAAGAACGCUUUUAAGAUAAUAAACAGAGCAACAGAGGACAUUCAUUUGUUCUGUGCAAAAAAACAGGAGGAUAAAAAGAGAUGGAUGGAGGCUUGCGAAAAUGAAAGGAGAAGAGUUCAGGAAGACAAGGAAAUGGGAAUGGAAAUCUCAGAAAACCAGAAGAAACAAGCUAUGCAGAAUGCCCGUAAGUCAAGGCAUGGAAAAAUUAAAGGUGUCAGCUAUAACGGGUGUCCUGUGCCUCCCCCACACCAAAGCCUGCAUCCUAUCCAUCAGCGCCACAUCACUGUGCCCACCAGCAUCCCGCAGCAGCAGGUUUUUGCCCUGGCAGAACCCAAGCGGAAGCCAUCCCUCUUCUGGCACACCUUCAACAAACUCACCCCCUUCAAAAAGUGAGAGGCCAAGGACCUGGCAAAGGCAUCAGCACGGAGGGAGACUUUCUCCAGAGAAAGACCUUGGAGACACAGUUAAGCUCAGUGAAUCUCCAGUUGUGGAGAGAAAAUCAUGGGCUCCCUUGAGCCAGAAAUAGCACCUUUGUCCAGAAGAAGGAGGAAGAUCCUCAACACUGCUCUGAAGUCAAUGUUGCAAGGUGCGAGCAUUGCUGAUGAAGAGCAAUUUCCCUUCUGACAAAGACAACUUGCUGUUACUCUGAAGCAGCAGCAGCAGCAUUUGAUCUCUGUUUUCUCAGUUAUGUUGAAGUAGUGAUGGAAUCAGGCAGGUCAUUGUAACAUUUCAUUUUUCUUAAUCUUAUAUCGAUGGCCAAAUUUAGGCUAGGGAGGAGUUUUUCCUUAAUAGUAGGUAUAUCAGGAAGGACUCUUAGGAGAGUUUUCUCCUUCUUUCUGGAGCACUGAGCAGAGGCUGCCCAUUAAAAUCAGGUGGAGAGAUCCCAUGUGAUUAAUCUGCUGUUGCAGAAUUCAGUGGACCCUGAUCCUUCCUGCCUUUUUCUGUUAAAUUGCCAAAUGGCAGGAGAACAUCCCGCAAGGCCUUACCAUAUUCCAGAUUGGAACAGGGAAAUUUUAUUCUGUCAUAUAGAAACAUGAACAGAGUGCGAAAUGGUCUGUAAAGAUGUGUGCAGUUUUUGCACACAAGUGGAAACAAGAGGAGCCCAGGGUGUCUUGGUUUGCUUACUUUCAGUCGCAGCAAAAUACUGCAUGCAUGUAUGCUCUUCAGUGUAGAGCUUUUAUAUCACUUUUUGUGCACUUCUUAGCCUGGGAGAUACUUCUUUGUAUUUCCGAUACGCUUUUUUCUCUGUGUAAAAAGUAUUUUUUUAUUUUUUAACAGAGAUUAUGUGAAUGUACAAAGUCAGUUGAGACAGUAUGUGCUGACUGCUUGCUAUGUUACAUAGUUCUCACACUUCAUAUAUCUUGAUUUAGAAAAUGGAUUAAUAGUAAUGUAAAUAUAUUGAAGUGGUCUGGGAUCCAUGCUUCUUAUACACAGUCAAUUGACAAUGGGUUUUAACCAAUUAUUUCUUCACAAAGAAAGAGAAACCCUUACUGAAAGAGACAAAGCAAUUGUGUGGAUCAGAGAUGGAUUUUUGCUCAGAGUCGUCAGUCUGGCAUUGCUGUGAUUUGCCUACGACAUGAAGCUGGUUUGGGAAAAUAACUUUUAAAAAGCCACCAGGAAGAAACAGGAUCUUGAUUAUUUGCAGCACUGAUCAUUUCUGCUUGAUAACUCUCACUAAAGAUGACAAAACUGUUGAUAAUAUGGAAGGAAAGAAAGACUUCAUAUGUUUCAGAACUGAUGUGUUAUGAAUGUCUUUACAAUACUCUAUGCUGCUGAUUAGGGGCAUUACCUGAUGAUAAGGAUAGAUCCAAGAGUAUUCUUUGACAAUGGACACAAUCAGCGUUGUCAUGAAUCUGUAAUAUAUGAAGAAUAAACAAGGGGCUAGAAGCCAGGCAUCUUAAUAACAAUGUAAAAAAGCCUUAUUUUAAAUAUGUACUUGUUCCUACUACUUUGUUACCUCUAUCUUUUUAUUUAUCGUCAGUGUUGUGAAGCCCACUAGUCACUAGAUUUUGUGAUCUGAUAGUUUUGUGGCAACUUCUGCAAAACCCAGGUAUGUAGUUUUGAUUUUUAAUCUUUUGAGAACUGUACAUUUCAAAUGCCUUGUGUAUAUAGUGCAGCAAUAAUGCAAAGUCUGGUGAUGCUCAGCCGAAUUGUUCACUGCAUAGUGAACUUCAUUGCUUGUGCUUUCCCAUAGCGAUGGAAGAUGACCUGAAACUGUUAAGAACUGGAAAUAUGCACUGACAUUUUCAAUGAUCCAGCUUAAAGAAAAUGCACAGGAAAGUUAGUGAAAAAAAGCUGGCUGGGUUUUAUUUUUCUUUUGAUGUUUAAAACAAGCCAUCUCCUUCCACAUUUUUAAAAAAUAUAAUUCUAAACGCUCAAAUUAAACACAAGGAGCAGACUUCCAAAUGCAGGCAUGGAUGCAUGCCCUUCCCCUUAAAUGAGCAACCCUUCUGUGUUUCUUACAUAACCAAUUUCAUGGGUACUUGGCAUGUUCAGGCCUGCAAACCAAAGUGGUGUGGAAGUGGAAAUGAUGUUUUUCAUAAUCAUAUUUUGAAAGAUUUGUUCUAGAUGCAAAAAAAUGCCUGAAGUUAGAUUGCAGUGCUCACCCAGAAACUUUCGCAGCUGGACCUGAAGACAUUAUGAGAUCCACACUUAUUUAUGUAUUUGUCUUUGCUAAAACCUACUUCCAUCCAGGCUUUGGUUCUGUGCAGUGCUGUAAAAAGAAAAAGGAGAUUUUGGGAUAUAUCAUCUGACAUGUCUGUGCCCAUGAAGGCUCUUCCCAUGUAGUAGUGCUGGUGCCUUAGCCCUAAAAAUGAACAGAAAUGUUUGCAUACAGUUUUGGAUGCAGCAGGGAUUUUUUCUCAAUAAGCAAAUUUCAGAGAGAAAAAAAAAAAGUAAAUGUUUCAUGGUGCAGAUUACUCAGGACAGUUUUACAUAUCGUACCCUACAUAGAGAUAUGGUUGUUUUAUAAUAUUCUUUGUGUCUUUCUUUGCAACCUGACCUUGCAACAGAUUAAGAUAAAAUAUAACAAGACAGGCCAAAUUUAGACCACACCAUAAUCUUUAAAACAAACUACAGUUCAAUGAAAACACAAUUACAUUAUCUAACAAUUAAAACAAAUAUUUAUUUGGGGUUCAGCCUGACUUUAGAAUCUGUGGGAAAAGGAGUUCCAAUUAAAAUGUAAAAGUUUGUAUUGUAGCAGCUCUUACCCUGAUACUUCGUCCUGAUGACAAAGCUUAUAGAUGAUCGAAAAGGUGUCAUGGCAGCAUCUGUUCUUUUCCUCUCACUUUCUCAUGCUCUAAGUUACUAUAAAAAGUUUAGGGCAACUACUAAGCACAUUUGUGCCUCGUUUAGAUAAAGCAGAGCCAGAGCCUUCCCCAUGGCCUGCUGAGCAGAUAACCUCAGACUUCAUGCAUGAGAUGCAGUAAAAUAUAGUUGUCCUCAAGUGUGUUCCCACUGAGUUAGGAUAAUGCCAAACCAUAAUUGCAUCUAACUCAGAGCAUUUGAUGUAUAAAAUAAUAAGAUUGUUUUACAAGUGGCUUUUGCCAUGCUAAAUUUCACAUUGAGUUUUAGUGGUCAGUGUAAUAAGGGAGCUCAAAGACAGACUACUCAAAUGUUCCACAUUUUAGUUGUCUUUUGAAAGUAAUUAUAACAGAAUUUUGGAGCCAAAGGUCUUUAGCCAUAACUAACACAGUACCUUUCUUUGACUGCCUUUCUGCUUUUUUUUCUAUAUAUGUGGCAUUUGUAUGAAGGAGAUGCCUUCUGAACCAUCUCUAAUUUAAAACUAUUUGUUGUAAAUACUAGGGAUGACUUGCAUAUAUAUUUUAUUUUGACAAGUGUUUUGUAACAUUUUAUCUUGCGUCCAUUGCUUUGUGCAUCUUACCAUCUGUGUGCUGUUACACGUUGUAAAUGAAGUGUCCUGGCUACAGAGCAGAUGAAUUGGCUGUUGACAGCUGAAUUACAAUGUAUAGGACUGCAGUAGCUUGAUGUGCAUUUGUUCCGAAGUAAUUGCAUUACAAAGUAUAUUUACUCUUGGAACACUGUUUGUCAAAUUAAUCUAUUUUCUGGAAAUAAGUACACACUUACAUUCCCAUUAUUUUUCUCUUACUGUACAUGUUUGAAUUAAAUAAUGUACAAAGCUGAAGUUCCUCAGCUGUGUCUUAUAAAAUUUUACUGUGCAGUUUUAAAAA